AUGGUGGAUCACUCGGUGCCGUCAGACAUUCUUGAUGAUCUCAGCAGCCGAUUCAUCAUCAAUGUGCCCGAAGAAGAGCGAAAAGAUUUGGUUCGAAUAUGUUUUCAAAUCGAACUGGCUCACUGGUUUUAUUUAGAUUUUUAUUGUACAGAUGAAAAUCCAAAGCUUAGACGAUGUAGUAUGAGAGAAUUUGCUACACAUAUUUUCUUUCACGUACCGUUUUUAAAACCACACGUGGCUAAUAUAGAUAAUAUUCUUGAACAGUGGCGAGAAUAUAAACAAAAUGUUCCCACGUUCGGAGCUAUUGUAUUGAAUGAAGAUUUAACUAAAGUAUUGCUUGUACAGAGUUAUUGGGCAAAAAAUAGUUGGAGUUUUCCUAAAGGCAAAGUCAACGAGGACGAGGAUCCGUCUCAUUGUGCCGUGCGAGAGGUUUUGGAAGAAACUGGCUUCGAUAUUUCAAACCUGAUAGAUGAAAAUGAAUAUAUCGAAUCAGUGAUAAAUGAACAAUUACUGAGGUUAUAUAUAAUAUGCGGUGUUCAAAAGGAUACGAAGUUUCAACCGAAAACAAGGAAAGAGAUAAAAAAUGUGGAAUGGUUCUCUUUAGCAGACUUACCCAACAAUAAAAAGGACAUGACGCCGAAAGCGAAAAUAGGAGUUGGUCCCAACGCAUUUUUCAUGGUAAUUCCGUUUGUAAGGAGAAUGAGACGUUGGAUACAAGAAAAACAUUUACGCGAGAAAAAUAUAAAUACAGUACGAAGACAUAGACACAAGUCUCUUGGUGAUGUUGAAACUGUUUCCAAAGGCAAACGACAACAACAACAACAACAACAACUACUACUACUACUUCCUCAUUCUGCUCAAGGUGAUGUUCUGAGCUUUAAAGAUUUUAAAAACUUUCGACAAUCUAACACCUCACCCGCACGAAGCCGUCGUAGCAUGUACGACAACAAAAACGCUGUGUCAAAAGCAGCCAUUAAACGUAAUCUAUUCGGUGAACAAAACGAAGAUGAAACUUCAACUGCUCUUGCCAAACAACUAAUGGAUAGUCCACAGAGUCAACAGACUUGUGCGUCUCUAAUGGAUCCCGCAAUCCAAUCGGUGAAAUGCAACGAAUUUAACGAAAAAGCAAAGGCUUUUGUCAAUGGAAUUAAAGUAUUUCCACAUCGGGAACACCAGAGUGCAGAAAUUUCCGAUGGAGAUAUGAAGGUCUUAUUAUUGGGCAAAGCAGCAAGUAUAUUACCGACAGAUUUAAAGACUGCAUCUUCUUCGUUUGGUGCGACGGAUUAUACUGCACGAUUUCUUCCAACAGAAGAUUUUAGAGCCCAAAAACAUUCCACGCAAUUGUGUUCAAUAAUUUGGGAACACUUUAAAUUUGAUAAGCAAGCAAUACUUAACUGUUUAUAA